AUGUUAGUAUCUCCCAGGGGGAGUUGUAGUCAUUGCGAUCCUGAUAUUCUCGAAUUUUCGGAGUUUCACUGGAUAUUGCGAUGUCGCUGUUACGAAAAUUCAGAUGAAUCUUUGGAGUGGCGUUGGUGUAAACCGGAGUCGCCGCGUCAAUCUCUGAGUCUUUCCGAGAAUGAUGCAACAGUAACAUUCCAUCCAAUGAUUAGUUGGGGCACGGCUGUUGUACGUGGGACUACUCCGCUAAAAUAUGGUCUGCAUUAUUGGGAAAUGAAGGCUGUUUCACCACUAUACGGGACUGACAUAAUGAUUGGUAUUGGUCGAAAGUGCGCAAAAUUAGAUCAGUACUCACGCCAGUUUUGUUCUGCACUUGGUAUUGAUUCAUAUACAUGGGGAUUAAGCUAUCGCGGUGUACUAAUGCACGCUGAUCAGGCAUCUCCCUUAGGAACUUGUGCUUUCAAAAGGGGAAGCAUUAUUGGUUGUUUUCUCGAUUUGUGGCACUACAAGCUUUAUUUCUUUGUCGACGGACAACUGGAUCCGAAGGCUUGUUUCAAUAAUUUGCCACGUGACGAAUACUACCCAAUGGUUUCUUCAACUAGUCUAAAAAGCGGUUUUCGUCUAAUUCGUGCUAAAUCCUACCCAAUAACUCUUCAAUUUUUGACGUGUUACGCUCUCUACCAACAACAGUAUAACUACUCUAAUUUGACCACUCUGGACAUUCCUUCUGGUCUUUGGGAGAUAUUGAGCAAUACCCUACCGUAUUCACUACUAUUCAAUAGAAUUAAACAAUUUUCUAUCGAACAUAACGCUACACAACAAGUAUCAUGUGAUCCAGUGUCUUCGCCUGCAGAUUCAUCUGACUACUUUUUGUGGACUAGUUUUUCUUGUUCGGAUACUGAGGAACACUUUUCAUCUAAUGAAAUUGAUCUAUAUGCUUUGGAUAUUGUCGAUCAAAGCACACAAGAUAUGAAUGAUGAGACUGGCGUGUCUGUGAAUGAAGAAGCCAGUGAUUUCAACGCUUAUUUAAAUAUACCUAUUCCUAGUCCAGCUAGUCAAAAUUGUCAGAAAAGGCGGUAUCAGGCUGCUAUGUCUGCAAGUUCUGUGUUGGACAGGUUGUUUACUAUGGAGGCGAAAAACACUAAACGUACUGGUGUAUCUGAUGAAGUGUCAUCUAGUAUGAUAAACAAUGUGAACGAAUCAAACUUUGAUAAUUAUGAACAUAAACUUUGGGGUGAAUUCAAUGAUUAA